UCUAUCUAAUAACACAUAAUUAGACACUGAAUUAUUUUUUUACAAUUUUUUAUUGGGAUUUAAUUGGAUUUGCUGUGGUUUAUUUAGCUCUGUUGAUUUUUGUGCUAAUUUUUCUUGUUAUUGAUCUUUCCUUAACCUUUUCAGACAUUUAAGUUAUGAAACUGAACUAGAUUAGAAGAUUACUACUGAGGGCAAAAUCCUUAGUUGUUUGUUGAAGUAAUUCAUAAAAUGUGCAUCGGUAGGGUUUAAGUUAUGGAAAUUGAUCUUCAAUUGCCUUCGAAAAAGUUAGAUGUGUAUGUGGAUACAAAUGCUAUUGAUGAUUCAAUUCAAAGUCAUGUUGGCGAAGAGAAUGCUGAUAGAAGUGGCAAUGGGAUAGGUAUGGAUAUUGUUGAUGUUGAUAUUAUAGAUAAGGGAACAGAAUUUGAUACAAAGGAGGCUGCAUAUUCUUACUACAGGGAAUAUGCGAGGUCAGUGGGAUUUGGCAUCACGAUAAAGGCUAGUCGUAGGUCAAAGAAGUCGGGGAAAUUUAUUGAUGUGAAGAUUGCUUGUUCUAGAUUUGGGACCAAGCGUGAGUCUGGUAGUUCUCGAUCAUGUCCCAAGACUGAUUGCAAGGCCAGUAUUCAUAUGAAGAGAAAGCAAGAUGGAAAAUGGUAUAUACAUAGUUUCAUGAAGGAGCAUAAUCAUGAAAUUUGCCAGGAUGACUUUUAUUACUCUGUCAAGGGUAGGAGCAAGAAAUCUGCCGAUGUUGUUUACCAGAAAAAAGGACUGCAGCUCCCGUUGGAUGAGGGGGAUUUGGAACUGCUGCUUGAUACUUUAGCACUUAUGCAAGCUGAGAGACCUAAUUCUUACUAUGCUAUAGACUCUAUGAGAAAUGUGUUCUGGAUUGAUGCAAAAGGUAGAAAUGAUUAUGUCCAUUUUUGUGAUGUAAUUUAUUUGGACACAUAUUACAUCAGAAACAAGUAUAAAGUCCCAUUUUUACCCAUCAUAGGGGUCAAUCAUCAUUUCCAAUUUUUGUUGCUUGGAUGUGCCUUGGUUGGGGACGAAUCAUCAACAACAUUUUCUUGGUUAAUGCGCACUUGGCUUAGAGCUGUAGGUGGCCAAAGUCCUAGAGUCGUUAUUACCGAUGAUGACAUUUCCCUGAAAGAAGCAGUAGAGGAGGUCUUCCCUAAGGCACAACAUUGCUUUUGUUUGUGGAAUGUAAUGGGAAAAGUUUCUCAAAAUCUUGGUAAUAAGAUAACUAAGCCUGAAGAUUUUGUAAAUAAGUUGAAGAAAUGCAUGUGGUUUCCACUUAAAGAAGAAGAAUUUGAAAAAAGAUGGUGGAAAAUGGUCGAUUCAUUUAAACUGAGGGAUGAUGACUUGAUUCGGUCAUUGUUUGAAAAUCGAACAAAAUGGGUUCCAGUGUACAUGAGGAAUACUUUCUUGGCUGGACUCUCUACAGUUGAGCGGUCUGAAAGUGUAUCCUCCUUCUUUGAAAAGUACAUUUCCUCUGAGACUGAAUUCAAAGAGUUCAUUGGUCAAUACAAACUAUUCGUGCAUGAUAUGUAUGAAGAGGAAGCAAAAGCUGAUAUUGAAUCACGUCAUAGACUACCUACCAUAAAAACUCUCUCUCCUUAUGAGAAACAAAUGUGCACUGUCUAUACAAACUCAGUAUUCAUGAAAUUUCAAGCUGAGGUUUUUGGCGUUGCUGCUUGCACUAUUCUGAAUGAAGGUGAAGAGGGAGCAGAAAAGUUGUAUAGGGUUAAUGACCGUAAAAAACACCAGAGUUUUAUGGUAUCCUGGUGUGCAAGAGAAUCCUGCAUCGUCUGUUCAUGCCAUUUCUUUGAGUAUGCAGGUAUUCUUUGUAGACAUGCAAUUACGGUUCUUCAAGUAUCUGGUGUCCCCAAUAUCCCCGCUCUGUAUAAAUUAGAGCGGUGGACACGAGAGGCAAAAACUAAAGGGACAGCAUGUGGGAUUCCACGCAACCCUUGUUACAGGAUCCAACGUCUCAAUGAUCUUUGCAAACUUGCUGCCAAAUUUGGCGAAGUUGGAUCGUUAUCCUGGGAAACCUAUGAAUCAGCUGUAAACACACUCCAAGCUGCAUUGCAUGACUGUGUCAAUGCAAACAACUCUGUGAAGAGUGCAUUAGUCUCUAACAUUUCAUUUUCUCAAUGCGAUACUAACUUUAACGAAGAGAUUCAAGGUGGUAGCAUGGCAAAGUCAUCAAAGAGAAAGAAAGUACAGAAGAAGCGCAAGGUUCAAUCUAACGUUGAAGUACUAUCUACCAGGAUCCAAGAUAGCAGCUUACAGAUGGAUCAAUCAAACUCAAAACUACCAACUCAUGAAGAUGCUUUCCAUGCUCAGAGGCAUGUACAAGGAAUGGAUCUAAGCUCCAGAAUGGCAACUAUUGAGGGAUACUAUGCUCCUCCUCAUCAGAGCGUUCAUGGAUCGGGCCAGUUGAGUUCAUUUUCUAUGUUACAAGAUAGUUAUUGCAGCAAUCAUCAAGCCUCACACAGUGUUCUGUACGAAGGGCUUCAUCCAAUUCUGUUCCAUUUUACCUCCCCUCUCUCACAGGGAAACUUGAAUUAUAUAUCAGCCCACGGUGGUCAUUACUCUCCUCAAAGUAUUCAAGGACUGUUGCAGGGACAGCUUAGCUUCAGAGCACCACUAGUGCAUCCUUCUUUCAACAUUCAGGGAAAUUCAUCUGAUAUGGACAAUUCAACCAGUGUCACAGGAAAACAUUAGCAGGAUUAGUGUUCCUCUCUGCUGGAUUGGAAAUAAUGCUUAAUAUAUCGCCUUAGGAAGUUAGCUGAAUAGGAGGAAAUUAAGAUUACUUUUUUCUAUGCUUAAGCAUGUUUAACAUAGAAGGAAAUUAAUGUACAUUAUUGAAGAUCACUAGAUGAAUAGCAAUAAGGACUUCAAUAGUUCUUUUAUUUCUGAAAGCAACAUGUAAUCCUGUUAUAUGAGAAAUGUUCGAUUGUUUAUGAAGAGAAUUCUGUCUUCUGCCCU